AUGAGCGUCCUCCGCCGCCGGCUGCACUCGGCCGGGGUCCCGCAGCGGCGGCUGAGCGGCGGCGAGCGCCGGGAUGUGCAGAGGGAGAUCCUGGCCGUGCUGGGGCUGCCCGGCCGGCCCCGGCCCCGAGCCCCCGCCCGAGCCCCCGCCGCCGCCGCUCCGCUCUUCAUGCUCGAUCUGUACCACGCCGUGGCCGGCGAGGAGGAGGAGGAGGGUGAGGAAGCGGCGGUGUCGCGGCCGGUGCUCACCGGGCUCAGCACGCAGAGCCCCCCGCCCGGCAGCGUGGUGAGCCGGGCAGACACCGUGGUCAGCCUCGUCAAUAUGGUGGAGCAGGACCGGGACCUGUUCUCGCCCAAGCCCUACUGGAAGGAGUUCAGGUUCGACCUGACGCAGGUGCCGGCGGGAGAGGCCGUGACGGCCGCGGAAUUCCGCAUCUACAAAAGCCGCGGUGCUCCCAGGCACGCCAACAGCAGCCUCCAGCUCAGCAUCUACGAGGUGGAACCCCAAAAUUCCAACAGGGAAUCCGACCUGUUCCUGCUGGAUGUGCAGGACCUGCGUGCUGGGACAGAGGGCUGGCUGGUGUUUGAUGUCACAGCCGCCAGCAACCACUGGUCAGGGGAUCAGAAACACCACCUGGGGCUGCGGCUCUACGUGGAGACAGACGAUGGGCACAGUGUGGAUCCGGGCUCAGCCGGGCUCCUGGGGCGCCGGGGACCCCGCUCCAAGCAACCCUUCAUGGUGACAUUUUCCCGAGCCAAGCCCAGCCCUGGCCGUGUCACACGAGCGGCCAGACCCCCGAGGAGGCGGCAACACAAGAAAUCCAACGACCUCCCCCACCCAAACAAGCUGCCGGGGAUUUUUGACGAUGUCCACGUCACAGACGGGCGGCAGGUCUGCCGGCGCCACGAGCUCUACGUCAGCUUCCAGGACCUCGGCUGGCUGCCACGUUUGCUGGGGCUGACGGGCUCCAUCCAUCCCCAGGUCCACCUGAUGAAGCCUGAGGCCGUGCCCAAGGCGUGCUGUGCCCCCACCAAGCUCAGCGCCACCUCUGUCCUCUACUACGACAGCAACAACAACGUCAUCCUCAAGAAACAUCGGAACAUGGUGGUGAAAUCCUGCGGCUGCCACUGAUGGACAGGUCCCACUGCCACCCCUGGGUGUCCCAUUGUCACCCCUGGGUGUCCCACUGCCACCCCUGGAUGUCCCACUGCCACCCCUGGGUGUCCCAUUGUCACCCCUGGGUGUCACAUUGUCACUCUUGAGUGUCCCAUUUCCACCUCUGGAUGUCCCAUUGUCAUCCCUGGGUGUCCCAUUCC